AUGUCCAACAUGCUAUCAGAACAAUUAAAAACUCAAUACAAGAGUAAAUCAGUCUAUUGGAGACAGGAAAAAGAAAAACUACUUCAAACUUUUCAGCCAAGGCAAAAUAACUCAUAAUCAUAAUAAAGAUCAAGAACUAGUGAAAGAAAAAGCAUUAUACGUAACUUAGUAGAUUCACUCUAUCAUCAAGGAACUCCUGAAAAGAACAAAUCAAUUUAUUAUCAUUUCUAGUCCCAAAUCACCUAACAAUAAUAACAGUAAUAAUAUUAAAGUUCUGCCAAAAAAUAACAUACAGAUGAAUUGUCCUUAUCUACUAUUAUCAAUAAAUAUUAAAAGUAAGUUGAAAAUUGUAAUUAAAAAUAAGUAGUAUAUGAUCCAAUUGCUGAAUAAAUCAGAGAAUCAUUUUAAGAACUCAAAAAGAGGUCUGUCAAAAAGUAAGAAAUACAAAAAUGUUAAUCCGAAUAGAAAAUCAUUGAAAAUAGUGCACACAAAUAAAAUAUAUUCAGUAGAAUAAAUCAAAUCAGAGAAUUUAUUGAUUAACAAUUAGGAACUAAUGCUGAUGAAUCUAAUAAGGAUAUUAAAUAUGAAAGCUAGUAUCAAUCAGAUGUUGAUUAAAGUUCAGGUAAUUUAAGAAAUAAAUCAGUUGAAUUUAAGUAGUUCUUGGAUUAGAGAGUCAGUGUUGGAAGAGAUUCUACAAGCAAUAGAUUAAAUCAUAGAAUUAACAAGCUUCGAUCAAUACGGAGUUGUUCAACAUUGGAUGUUGGAAUUUAAGUUUCAUUAUAAGAGGAUAAUUUAGUACAAAUAAAUUCCUAAAGAUAGAAACAACAAUAAGAAAGCUAUCAAUAAUUUAAUGAUUAACAUAAUUCUUAAAAUUAUUAAUAAUAAAAUUUAGAUAGUAGUGAUAAUUCAAGAAGAAAGCUAGAAGAAUAAUAUGAAGUUUAAGACACAAUAUAAUAAACUUCUCCAUAAUAAUCUUAAAAUCCAUAUUAUUAAGUAGAAUAAUCAGUAACAUCAGAAUAUUAAUUGCCAUUUUAAUAAAUGUUGUAAUAGCAAUAUUUAAAUGAAGAUUCGUUAUAAAAAACUAAAAAUUCAGGAAGAAUGAGUAGAAGGAGUGAAUUUCUGUAAAAAGCAAGGUAUUCAACUAAUGUUAAUGAUGAAAAUAAGGACAAAUUCCAAGUAAAUAUUGAAGAAAUCAAGAAAGAAAGACUAUCAGAAAAUGAAAGAUUUUCAGUAACCUCGAAUGAAAUAGGUGGCAAAGAUGGAAUCUUAUCCAAUUUAGAUUUCAACAAGGAAAGAUUUUCAGUUAGAUCAAAUGAAUAAUAUAUUUAAAACAAAGAGAGAAAUUCAUUUAAAUACAGUGGGGAAGAAGAAUAUAAGGAUAAAUUAAUAUUGAAACUGAAUCAACCUGAAAUUGUAUCUCCAGUAUAUUUUAAAAGUACAUUAAAUAAUAAGGAAAAUCUCGAGAACCAAUUUGGCUUCAAACUUAAAUAUAACAAUUAAGAAUAAGAGAAUAAAUAAGGGGAAGGAUUUGAGAACAAGCUAAAUACUAUUGAAAUACCAAAGAUUAUUCAAGCUUUAAAUUUUGAUAAUAUUGAAUUAAGUAAACCCUGCACUGGCACCUAAAUUUCAGUAGAUACAAAUAGAUUCUAGCUAGAAAUUUAACAAAUCAUUGAGAGAUAGAAUGAAACUUAGGAUGUUUAAUUGAAAUAAAAUGAAGCAAUCACUAUUUAAUAGGAUUUUGCUCUGACUAGUAAUAGAUCAUAGUUAUCCGUUCCUAUAACAGAACCAACGUAGAUUCAAUAAAAUAAUUAGAUUAAUACAAAUUUUAUCAGAGUGGAAGAGGAGAUUGAAGCAGGAUAGCCUGAUAUUAGGAUAAUUGAAAAUGCUACAGGAAUUACAGAAUGCAAUCUGUAAUAUUCUGAAGACACAGCAAACUUAAGAAUUCCAACUUAGAUUAGUAACAAUGAGGAAACAAAAUUUAAACCAGAUUCUUAUGUAACCUGCGAAAUUUAAUUCUAAUAAAUUAAAUAAGAUUAUCAAUAGUUAAAUUAAUUAUAAUCCACUUAAUCAAAUCAAAUGAAUUAAUCCUCAUUUGAGUAAUGGUUAUCAUAAACUGAUUAAAACAAAAGGAUUUUUAACUUUAAUUGUUAAUCAUAAUAUUUUUAAAAAGAAAAAUGUGAUCACAGUACUUAAAUCAACAAAAGCGACUCAGACUCAGAUGAGGAAAUUCAAUUCAUUAAGAAAAAAUAAUAGAAAUGUCUAUUUAAUUAAGGAGUAACAUUAUUAGUUAGAAAAAUUACUUCAAUAUUAAAAAUUAGACAGAUCAAAUCAUUUUAUGAAAUGAAGGAGUAUUCUCUACAUCAAUCUCAAUAAUAAUAGCAAUAGUUACAACAAUUCAAAUCUUCUUUGCAUACUUACCAUUCUCCUAUUGAGUCACAAUACUCAUCUUAGUUUUAUUCAUAAUAAUAGUCAUUAACAUCUCUUCCUAUCCCUUCAUCAUAGAUCUAAUAAUCAUAACCAGACUUUGUUCCUCAAGCAACCAAGGAAUAAGCAGCCUAAGAAAAGAUAUCUAAUCUCUUAAAAACAAUAAUGGAAGAAACAGGAUCAGAUACAUUAAGAAUGUUGAAAAACAAGUCUAAUUUAUCACCGAUAGCCAAAAAUUCAGAAAAAAAAAGAUUAAACAGUAGCACAAAUUCUAAAUUAAGAAUAUCAAAAAAGUGCUCAGCAGCUUCAAUUUUAGCAUCUAUGCAAUCCCCUGUCCAAGAAAUAAAUGAUAGGAUAAAGGUUAAUUUUAUAUAAGAGAUGGGAUUAGAAUCACCGACUUAAAAACAUACUGAACAUGCAGAAUUACAUGAUUGCAGUCCAAUAGCUGAGCCUAUGGAAUUUUAAGAUGUAUCAGUUCUAAUCAAAUAGAGGAGAGAGAUGAAACAAAUUGCCGACUCUAAUAAUGGGAGCAAUAUAAUAAAUAAUAGUUAUAAUGAUUAAAGACAUUGCUAGAUUUUAUCUCAUCAUAUUGCAAUUUAAAAAGCAAAAAUUGCCAAAAAAUUUUAGUAAAUUCAUUAUAAAACAGCAGGACAACAGUAAUUUAGAAAAGAAAAUUAUUAAAUUUGA